CCGAGAUGACUCGAAUAUUCUGAUGUUCGUCCACUUCGUAAGUCCAACAGCAUGCUGCAUCUUCAGUGCAGCAGUGCUCUUGUUGUUGGACAAAAGACUGAGAUUUAUUGUUAUUCCGCGUCUCGUCUCAGUCGAGAGUCAAGGAAGUAGUUGUGAUGGACUCGAGCAUCAAGCCGUUUUUGCACCUUUUCGUCAGCGUUCCAACCGUACUCAAAUACUUUUACGUGCAGAAGCGUUCUCAUAUCGGUAAAGGGCAUGGGUGGGCGUGUAGAUCGCAUGGAAAAGGUGGUGCACAAGCCUAUUCUCGUUCUUCUUGCGCAUGAAACAAAGCGACAGAUCUGCCUCACUCGUACAGGGCCUCGUGCAAGUGUAUUUUUGGCAAGGGUAGCGUUACUCUUACUUCGUCAUCGUGAUCGUAUCCUGGAUGGUCAUUCGUUACUGCAAAAUGAAAACCGAAAACGAAACCCAGUGCCGUUGCUGUCAAUCAUACAGAUUCGCAACAUGUUUCCCGAUGCCGGUGAAAACAAGAACACUUGAGACUUAAUAUUCACUUUCACACAUGAUACGGUCAUCAAGAACGUGAACGUCACUGAUGUUACCAGUACUUUAGUACCAGGUGGAUAGCGUCAGAGUCUCGUUUUUUUGAACGCACUAGCUAAGUGAAACACAUUCAUCCGGUCGUUUCACCUUAGUUUCGAAUUUCCAAUGUCAUGACCGAAGGGUAUCAAGCCACCCUACGGGCGUCGCCCUCUGCGCCCUCGUUGCUACGAAAGGAGCGGCACUUCAAGGUUGCGGCCAAGGAUGCACCGCUGAAGUCGUAUUGUUUUUCAUUUUCCUCCAUUUUUGUUUGUAAUGAUGAGCAUGGUUGUGGUUGAAAUUAUACCUCGUCAUCAUGUUUUCCACUACAGCAGGGCUGCUUUCCUACAGCUCCAGUGAAUUCAAUCUACGAAAGAUUUCAGCUCAUGCUUUCUCGCCAAACGCAAACUACACAGAUACUCGUCCCUGGAAGACGAUGCGUUGUGGCACUUCUGGGCGAAUCCGGCCUACCAAGCGCAUCACAUGCAGGCGGGCUUUCUGUCCCGCACCGGUGAAUUGGUGGAUGUAGACAAAUUUCGCCGAAAAAUGUACGUCGUCGAAAAGGAGCUUGCCCUGGCCGCCGAGCUCGACCGCAAGCGCAUGAAGGACGCCGAUGGUACUACUGUUUUUAUUUCUAUUUGUCACUGUUUCUGUCUUCUCUUUGAUUGAAUCGAAGGUGGAGUACUUAGUUGAUGUUGAAAAAGGUGUUUAGCCGGUGACCGAUGAAGCAAAAGUCGAAAAGACACGAGAAAACAAAUCCAAAUUAUCCACCAAACUUCGUCCACUACAGUUCUGCUCGAGCAGAAGAGGAAGAUGCGUGAGGCCGAGCGUGCGCAGCGCAUUCGGGACCGCGAGGUGCAGCAGUACGUGCAGGGGGUGCGGGAGAAGCGAAAGGCCAUGAUGGGAGGGCACUAGCAUGUCAGUGGCCAUGAGAAAUGUCAACAUUCUUUCAUCGAAAAUGAAUAUGUGCGGUCUAGAUGAUCGAAAAUGCCUACUUCAGUGAAGUUGAAAUGUACAAUUGAGACCACGGUAGGUGCCGGAAAUUUUUCGUGUAGUUUUUGCUUCUAUUGACGCGUAUCAGUUGUAUCACCUCUCUUCACUGAAGACCCUGGUCGCUCUGGUAGUGAAAGGGUGCUCAGGAGUUCUUGUACUUGUGAUUGUGCAAGAUUUUCAUGCUAUACGUUUCUUUGUCGUGGUCGUCGUCGUGCUUCCUGUAUUUAUUGUGCUUUCUUCGCUCUUCAGCUGAUGGUGUUGGUGCACCAGUUCGGUCUAUUAGUAAAGGAAACCGAAUAAACUACUCUUCAAUGUACAUACAACCGUGGCUCGCGAACGCCGAAGAACUUUCGAAAUUGUCAAAUCGGGAAAUAAAGCAGAAAUUGGAGCCGCAGGAGGUCACA